CCAGCAGCAAGGGCAAGACCUGACCCAGGGCACCACAAAGCCAUCCAGGUGUUUGCAGAGAGAGGUUUGCUCUGCAUCCAAAUGCAGGAUGUCCCAGAGACCCCACUGAAGCCUUUGCUGGUUUUCUCUUCCACAGGAUGAAAUUCUGUUGACUCCCUGGAGAAAUUUUCCCUUUGAAGACUCAGAUCCAUUUGCCUCUGCGGAUGAAGAGAAGUGGGAUUUCGUCCUCGUGAGUGACAUCCACGAAGUGGGCAGCGUGAAGGAGAUCAAGAGGAAGAAGUUCCUGGAUGAGCUGAGCAAGAAGGGGUUCACCAUCAAGAAAAUUGAGGACAAGAAGCUAUUUUAUGGGGUCCGUGCCCCAAAACAUAUCUUCCGGAAAUACCAGUGGCUCCUGAGGAACCCUCAGGACAGCCGGCUGCAAGACUCCGAUGCCCGUCAUGACAUACCAGUGACCACCAGGAUACGGAUUGUGAACUUCAUCUUGCUGAACACGGUCACGCCCGACCUCGAGAAGCUGCAUGACCUCAUGAAGAAAAACGUCUUUGAGGCAAUGUUUCCACUGCACGAGAAAGAAGAGGUAAGAGAAUUCCUAAAGGAGAAGUGGGCUCGCUGGAGAGAUAUAUUUUGCCAACAGCCGAUUGAGAAGAUCAGGUGCUAUUUUGGUGAGAAGGUGGCCCUGUACUUCGCCUGGCUUGGCUGGUACACCUACCUGCUGGGAUUCGCUGCGAUGAUGGGACUGGUGGUCUUUGUGGCUGGGAUUACUGUUUUCAACUCCAGCCAGGUGAGCAAGGAGAUCUGCGAAGCCAAUAACACCAUCAUGUGCCCACUCUGCGACCAGAAGUGCCCAUUCUGGCUGCUCUCAGACACCUGCACCUAUGCCAGGGUCACUCACAUGAUUGACAACGAGGGGACAGUUUUAUUUGCCAUGUUCAUGGCCAUCUGGGCCACCGUGUUCCUGGAGCUGUGGAAGAGGCAGAGAGCUACCGUGGUCACCAACUGGGACCUGUACAGGUGGGAUGAGGAUGAGGAGGAGCUGGCUUUGGAGCUGAUAAAUAAUUUGCAGCACGAACCUCGGCGGUACCAGCACUCCUACUUGCGCAGCACCAUCGUACUCAUCUUGGUUCUGGUCAUGAUUGCUGUGCUGAUCGGCAUUGCCCACGCGCUCGUCAUUUAUCGGGUGGUGGCGACGGCUCUCUUCACUCAAAGCGACUUUGAAUUCUUCCGCGAGCAGGCCAACACGGUGGCUGUGAUGACAGGGGCUGUGCUGCACUACCUCACCAUCGUCAUCAUGACCAAGGUCAACAGGCGUGUGGCCCUCUUUCUCUGUGACGUGGAGAAACCACGGACCUUCUCCCAGCGUGAGAACAACUUCACCAUAAAGAUCUUCAUCUUCCAGUUCUUCACAAACUUCUCCUCGCUCAUCUACAUCGCUUUCUUCCUGGGACGGAUCAACGGCCACCCAGGGAAUUAUGUGCGCAUUGCUGGCAGGUGGAGGCUGGAGGAGUGCCACCCCAGCGGCUGCAUCACCGACCUCUUCAUCCAGAUGGCCAUCAUCAUGAUGCUCAAGCAGACCAUCAGCAAUCUGGUGGAGUACCUCGUCCCCUGGAUAAGCCACAAAAUACGCACUAGGCAGAAGCGCCCCAAGAAGAGAAACAUGGUGUUGGGGGAGGAGGAAGAGCCUGAGGACCCCUGCAAAAAGCAGUGGCUGAGCAACUAUCAACUCAACGAGGUCAACAUCUUCAGCUUGUUUGAUGAGUUCUUGGAGAUGGUGAUCCAGUACAGCUUCACCACCAUUUUUGUGGCUGCCUUUCCCCUCGCCCCGCUGCUGGCUUUCUGCAACAACCUCUUUGAGAUCCGUCUGGAUGCCAUCAAGAUGAUGCGGCUGCGCCGGCGCAUGGUGCCCAGGAAGGCCAAUGACAUCGGUGAGAUGGGGCCCUCUGUAGCUGCUGCUUGGGAAAACAGCGCAGGUGGUGAGCCCCUUCUGAUGUGGGGAGGUCUGGAGCAUCCCUUUUCCAGCAAUUGGUACCACAGGGAGAGCUGUUUAUUGGGGAAGGAGAAACAAUUUCAGAUCCUGCAGAGGUUGAAGGGCACCUUGGAGAUCUCCUUCAUUGACCCAGGCCUCUUCUGGCUAUGCCAAACCAGCUGGGGCUGGGUUUGCAAUCCCAGAAGAGUGGAAGAAAGCUGGCUCAGUGACUGCUCCUCUCCUGCAGGAAUCUGGCUGCAGGUCCUGGAGGCCAUUGGCAUCCUGGCUGUCAUCGGGAAUGGACUGGUGAUCGCCAUCACGUCUGACUUCAUCCCUGUGCAGGUCUACAAGUACACAUACAGCCCCUGCAUGAACGAAAACAACACUGCUGUGGACUGCCUGACCGGCUAUAUCAACCACAGCCUCUCCGUCUUCCACGUCCAGGACUUCGAGCCCCACACAAAGCUGGCUGAAAAUCAGACAGACAUUGUCAGGGACAAGAUCACGGAGUGCAGGUACCGGGAUUACAGGAACGCCGAUGACUACAGCUACACCGUCCAGUUCUGGCACGUCUUCGCAGCCCGGCUUGCCUUCCUCAUCCUCUUUGAGCAUGCGGCUCUGUGCGUCAAGCUGAUCGCAGCCUGGUACGUCCCCGAUGUCCCCCAGUCAGUUAAGAACCACGUUCUGGACGAGAAACACAGCAACCUUCGGAAAGAACUGAGGUGGGUGAUGCCCCAGAAAGUGCCAGGUGUUGCUGUGCUCAGAGACAGCAUGGUAUCCAGCUGGAGACCUGGCUGACUGUAGAAUCAGCUCACUCCAGAGCCCCAAGAAUGGGCUCCCUGCCUCCAUGGGCACAAAGGAGCAUGGGGCUAUGAGCCCCUGCCUUCUGGUAAGCUCCUCCAUCACCCUUUUGGAGGUAGCUUCUCCCCAGCUUUCAGUCCAGCCCCUGCUGCUUAGGGCCUACAGCACUAAAUGUCCAUUUUAAGGCAGGCUGCAUUACCUGGAGAGGAGGAGACACCUCCCUCCAUGCCUGCAGCAUCACUGAGCAAUGCUGGUGCCCAGCUUUCAAGUGUCUCAAGGCCAGUGAGAAGAGUUCCACCUGAGGUGAUUCAACACUAAAGCUCACAAGAGGAGGAGUCUGCUUGCCUUCAUCUUUUCCUUUAGGAAAAACGAACUCAAAAAAAAAAAAAAAAAAAAAAAAGGAGCAUUUUUAUCCAAAUUUUCCAUUUAAAACUUUGCUGGGGGAUAGGGGGGAACCCACAAAACAAUUUCAGCUGGAGGCAGAACCAACUUAGAAGAAAGCUGUAGGUGCAGCUGUCCUCUAGGACUGAACCCUGCUUUGGAGGAAGGCUCAGCCUGCCCCUCCCCAUAAGCCUCCCCUGAAAUCCAGGUGAGAGCAGAGCUGUGUGGGGUCAAGGAAGCAUCACACCACCACCAUUCAGCUCCCAGGCUGCUGCUUCCCAUCAGCAGAGAGAUUUGCACACACGGGGACUUUCCACAAACAGCAGGUCGUUCUUCACUUGUAUCUGGCAAAUGUCCCUGUUCCCGCUCAGAACACUUCCCCACUCCCCCCUUCCUUCCCGAUGCGGAUAUCCCAUCCAUGACCUCCCUCUCCCUUCUCCCCCAGCAUGAUGGAGUACUCCACCGAGGUGUAGCCGCCUUGCACUGCAGAGAGUGAGAAGCACGGACCUGAGCCCCUCUCCCCAGCCCAGCAGUGCCGCAGGCACCGGAGGAACCACCGCAGCACCGCUGGCAGAGACAGGCCAUGUGCCCCCGAGCUUGGACUUGAGCUGGGGAGCUGACGGCAGCUUCACAGAGCAGGAUGCUUUAUAACUUGCACAGCCAUGAGGAGGAAGAAAGUCGCAGCAGAGACAGGAAUGUUACCUGGGGCACGGGCUGGACAAGCGCACUGCUGGUCUGCAGGAGGUGAGCGAGCUUCCGCAUCAGUCAUCACCUCCACAUGCCGUGCAGCCUCGCAGAAAAAGGCAGCUACUUCAGUCCACAUUCCCUCUCCAGCCCCUUCUUCCUCUGCCUUCAGUGAUCUCCCUGCUCCUGUACCAUCAAGAAAAUUCAGUCCUUCCUCUUUCACACCAGCCAGCACAAUCCUCCUCUCGACAAAACUACUGUGUGGCUGCAACUCCAGCCCAUCAUUUUCACAGGCUGGAAAAACAAACUCGUUAGCCUGAGUGGCUUUUGCACUGGGCCCUGCCAAGUCACUGCACCUGCUCUGACUCAAUUACGUUCCCACCUCAACUAGAAUGAGAGAACAGUAAAUAAACACACUAACUGCACAGGUGCAA